AUGGCAGUGGUACAACGACAAGUUCGACAACCAGGAGACGUCAAAAAGUUUGCAACCGACCUCUGUGUAGGUGGAGCCUCUGCAGCGCUUUCAAAAACAGUGGUCGCUCCUAUUGAGCGUGUCAAACUUUUAUUACAAGUUCAAUAUUCGCACAAAGGUAUCAACGAGAAUCAACGAUAUAAAGGAAUCGUCGAUGCUUUCAUUCGAGUAUCAAAAGAGCAAGGAUUGCUCUCGUUUUGGAGAGGAAAUGCUACAAAUGUUAUGAGAUAUUUUCCUACUCAAGCUUUAAACUUUGCCUUUAACGAUCUCUACAAAGGAUUCUUUCAGCGGGGAAUCGAUAAACAUAAGAAUUUCUGGUCUCACACAGCGUAUUCCUUGUUGGCGGGCGGUUGUGCCGGAUCGACAACGCUUUGUUUCGUUUAUCCAUUAGAUUUCAUUCGAACGCGGCUUAGUGUCGACAUUGGUAGAAGUAGAGAAACACGAGAAUAUAAGGGUUUUGUGGAUUGUUUCCGUCAAACUGUUCGCUCAGAUGGUAUCAGUGGCUUGUACAGAGGGUUCUUCAUUUCAAUUCAAACCUAUUUUCUUUAUCGAGCUGUUUAUUUUGGCAUGUAUGAUGCGAUUCGGAAUCUCACUCACACAAAUCCAAAAGAUGUGCAUUUUAUUGCCUCAUUUAUGAUUGCUCAGGGUGUUUCGAUAUGUUCUGCCUACUUGACCUAUCCAUGGGAUACUGUUCGGCGGCGAAUGAUGGUCAAGGGGGAGCUAAGCUCAAAACAUGCCUGGGAAAGUGCAAAACUAAUUGUCGCUCAUGAAGGAAUCAAGGGUCUUUUUAAGGGAGGUUUGGCGAACAUUUUUCGAACUAGCGGUGGUGCUUUGGUCAUGGCAAUAUACCAGGAAAUUCAGAAGCAUAUC